AUGGCUCCCGUACACUCCAACAGCCUUCCCUUCGGCCAAACUCCGCCGCUGGCCUCAAUCUCCGGGCCUACCUACGUGACUGCUCAGACUCUUGUCCAGCAAGUUGCCUAUACCUUGUCGGACAAGGUCUUCUCCUACUCUCCAGAGUCCUUUGAUCUCGACGUGGCGGCUAAAGCUUGGUCGGAUGCUCGAGAGACGAAUGCAAAUGGCUACGAGACUGCAAUUCAGUCAAUGCAACUCCGCAGUGGAGCAGGUUCAAUUGCAUUGGGAUAUAUGUUCUCAAAGGACUUCGAUCUAAAGAAGAGGCAUAUCCCUCAAGGCCUGCUUGCCUCGUCUGCCGCUCUUAGUUUCUUGAGACCUGCUCUUGACCAGCUGUCACUUCUUUACUCUGUCAGCAAUCCAUUUGUUGCACACGUUGCGGCAUUGGACUAUGAUGGAGCUAAGGACGGUGGACUGGUCUCCGACUACGUCUCAGCUCUAUCUACUGCGGAGGAUCUUGGGCUGGGUUUGGUCUCAACCCUUUCAGCCUACGAGGCCCAGCACAUGUCGUUGCUUGCCACCCUACUAGCGCAGGAUCUGCCCACUUUACAUAUCUACGAUGGCCUUAGGACUGCCCGAGACACAACACGGGUUAUUGACAUUCUGGACAAGUCUGGUCUCGCAGCUACGUACGAUGCUAUUCUCAAGUCAAUCUCUGACGAAGAGCGCAAGCAUUUGAGCCUGGAGGGCAAAGCACUGAGAACACUUCGGGCCCUCAACGACGAACUUGGAACCGACUACAAACCCUUCGAAUAUUCUGGCCAUACUGCGCCGGAGACCGUUCUUGUAACUUUUGGUUCGACCGAGGGCUCUCUCGCUUCGCAAGCCGUUAAUUAUCUGGCCAAAAGCGGUAAUAAAGUUGGAACAAUUAAUGUUCGUCUCUAUCGACCAUUUGCAGAGGAACAAUUCUUGAAACUUCUCCCACCGAGUGUGAGAGUAAUUGGUGUCCUUGGACAAGUCAAUGAUGCACAGGCCGUCCAAGAAGCUGGCAUCCAUUCUCAACUCUAUGAUGAUGUGCUUGCCGCAGUCUCCUAUGGAGCCUCAGCUCACAACGCUCCCCGAGUUCAAGAUCUGAAAUAUUCUCGCAACAAGCGUUGGAUACCUUCGGCUAUCGCACAAACGUUUCAGAUUCUUUCUGGAAAGCCUGGCACUGAGCAGGACAUCACUUCGUUCCUCGACAAUACUGUUCAGCAAUAUACGUUCUGGAAUACAGAUGAUGCACUUUCUGCUCCAGCUGCUAACCUCCUUGCACAGGCUCUCGCCACGGAUUCUUCUCAAAAUGUCACCGUACAUACUACCCACGAUAAUCUCGUGCAAGGUGGCAUUCACAGAAUCGACAUCCGCAAAUCGCCGACUAGUCUCGAUGCCUCGUAUCCGAUCACCUCUGCAAAUGCUGUCGUGAUCACAGAACUUAAAUUGCUAUCUGACGUUGAUGUUCUGAAGUCCCUCCAAGCAGGUGGCAAAAUUAUUUUGAUCCUUCCAGGUGUUAAGGAUGAGGAUGUGGAGAAGAAGUUGCCGGUGCAAUUCAAGAAGACCGUCGCGGAAUCUGGCAUUAGUCUCUAUCUCAUCAACCCAGCAAAUACCUCUUUGACUGUGGACAACCGUGAAACGGAGUCUCUGCGAUUGCAAACUGCCUUCAUCAGGGUGGCACUCCGAAGUAGUGAAGAAGUCGGCUUGCAGAAAGUUGCCAAAGUCAAUGGCUACUUCUCUUUGGACUCCAUCGUGACGGAUUUGGAAAAGACUCUUCGCGAAGUUGAAGUACCAAAAGAAUGGGCGGAGCUUGAAAUUGAUGGUCAACAGCAGCUCUUAGCUGUCGACAUCACUGCGAACAGCUUCGCCUCCUUUGAUAAGACCGAAGAGGAGCCUCCCUCUAUGCUUCGCAAUUGGCAGAAAGCGGCCAAGGGACUCUUGUUCAAAGAAGCAUACAAUACCAGCAACAGUCUCCGCCCCGAUCUCCCCACCAAGACAUUCACUGUACACGUGAAAGAAAAUCGCCGCCUGACGCCUCUGACCUAUGACCGCAACAUCUUCCACAUUGAAUUUGAUCUUGGUACCUCGGGCCUGAAAUACGACAUCGGCGAAGCUCUAGGCAUCCACGCUGAGAACAACCACGACGACGUGAUGAACUUCAUCAAAUGGUACGGUCUGAACGCCGACGACGUUGUUGAAGUUUCCUCCCGCGAGGACCCCGCCGUGUUCGAAAACCGCACCGUAUACCAAGCGCUGAUGCAAAAUGUGGACAUCUUCGGACGACCGCCCAAGAAAUUCUACGAAGCUCUCGCGGACUUUGCAGAUGACGCGACCGAGAAGCGUAGCUUGCUAACCCUGGCCGGGCCAGAAGGGUUCAAGGAAUUCCAGCGCCGCGCCGAAGUGGACACUGUCACCUUCGCAGACGUGUUACUUGAAUUCCCCUCGGCACACCCAUCGGUCCACGACAUCGUACGCAUAGUCUCCCCGAUGAAACGCCGUGAAUACUCGAUUGCGUCGUGCCAGGCCGUGACGCCGACAUCCGUGGCUCUAAUGGUCGUUGUGGUCAACUGGGUCGACCCCAAGGGCCGCGACCGCUUCGGGCAGGCCACGAAAUACCUGAGCGAGCUUAAAGUCGGUGCGCCCAUCACCGUCAGCGUGAAGCCAUCUGUCAUGAAACUGCCACCGAAAUCGACCCAACCCAUCAUCAUGGCCGGCCUGGGCACGGGCCUCGCGCCUUUCCGCGCGUUUGUGCAACACCGCGCUCUGGAGAAAUCCCAAGGCAAAGAAAUCGGCGCAGUUCUGCUGUACAUGGGCUCGCGUCACCAGCGCGAGGAGUACUGCUACGGCGAGGAGUGGGAGGCGUACCAGGCUGCGGGCGUGAUCACACUGCUUGGCCGGGCCUUCUCUCGCGACCAGCCCCAGAAAAUCUACAUCCAGGACCGCAUGCGCCAGACCCUCGAGCAGAUCACCCAGUCCUACAUCAAGGACGAAGGUGCUUUCUAUCUCUGCGGUCCCACCUGGCCCGUCCCCGAUGUUACCAAGGUCUUGGAGGAGGCCAUCGCUGUAGACGCCAAGGCCUCCGGUGCUAAGAAGGUCGACCCUUCGCGCGAGAUCAUGCGCUUGAAGGACGAGGGCCGCUAUGUUCUGGAAGUCUAUUAG